CCAGGGUUUCUGGGUGACAGCUUUUCCGCGCCUUUUUCGACAAAAGAAAUGGCGCCCGAAGGGAAUCAGUAUGAUGCGGCUGAAUUACCAGAUUUGCUGCCCAUUUAUUAUAGACGUCUUUUCCCAUAUUCCCAAUACUUCAGGUGGUUAAGUUAUGGUGGUGUCUUCAAGACCUAUUUCCAGAAUCGAGAAUUCUCCUUCACCCUGAAAGAUGAUAUCUACGUGCGUUAUCUGUCUUUCAAUAAUCAAAAUGAACUGGAGAAAGAAAUGCAGAAAAUGGUUCCUUAUAAGGUUGACAUUGGAGCUGUUUACUCAAACAAGCCAAGCCAGCACAAUUCUAUGAAGUCAGGAACCUUCCAUGCUGAGAGUAAAGAGCUGGUUUUUGAUAUUGACAUGACAGACUAUGAUGAUGUUCGAACCUGUUGCAGCUCUGCAGAUAUUUGUCACAAGUGCUGGACACUAAUGACGAUUGCUAUCAAGAUUCUGGACAGAGCAUUGGAAGAGGACUUUGGGUUUCAACACCGUCUCUGGGUGUACUCUGGCCGAAGAGGGGUCCAUUGCUGGGUCUGUGAUGACAGUGCACGGAAACUUUCCCAGGCAGCUCGGUCCGCUGUUGCAGAGUACCUGAGUGUGGUCAAGGGUGGAACGGAUACAAUCAAGAAAGUACGUUUGAAUAGUCCCAUUCAUCCUUCUAUUCAGGAAUCUAUCACUGUGAUUGAUAGCUAUUUUGAAGACUACGUUCUGAAUAAACAAGAUGUCUUUGGCAGUAAAGAAACUUGGCAGAAAGUCUUAGCUCUGGUCCCUGAUGAGUUUCAUGAGGGAUUGCAAAUAGAUUUUGACAAAGCACGAAAUGCAACCGAUCGCUGGAAAUUGUUGCAACGCACUUUAACCAAACAAAUGAAUGACCACCAUUUAGAAGAGAUUAAGCUGCAGUACUGCUAUCCCCGUCUGGAUAUUAACGUCAGUAAAGGCAUCAACCACUUGCUGAAAAGCCCUUUCUCCGUUCAUCCCAAAACAGGACGCAUUUCAGUGCCUCUCGAUGUCAAGAAUGUGGAUAAAUUUGAUCCUUUUAGUGUCCCGACAAUAAGUUAUCUUUGCAAGGAGCUUGAUAAGAAAACUAAGGAAGAGCAAGAAGUUACAAGUGCUGAGAACGGUGAAGAGCCGGAGAUGAAACGUCGCACCAGAGAUUAUAAGAAAACAAGCCUCCUUGGGCCCAUCAAGAUUUUUGAGCAAUUUAUAGAGAAGAUGGAGCAAUCACGAAAGGGACAGUUGCUGAAACAGAGUGAUAAAGAAGGAGAUUUUUGAUGUCCCCCAAUGAGCAAGUUCUUUUUCAACUGCGUUUCAGCAUAUGUUGGCUUGCAUCACGAGGUUGGAAAGCUUGGAACCGUGACUGCCUUCUGACUUCACUGCUGUAGCUGCAAAGAAGAUUUAAAAGUUUGUGAUGUACCAAAAUGCACUUCAGUUCUGAGCAGCCUUUAGUUAAGGCCUGUGGAACACUGUUUCAGAAUUCCUACUUUAGAGGUUUAUAUCAUUUUAUAUCUAGCAGAUAUUUAUAUAUCCACAUUUUGUCUCUUGGUAAGAUUCCUUUUAUUUUUCUUCUGCAUUUCAACUUAUUACUAAUUGAAUCACUUAGAUCUUAAGCUACAUUAUGCAACAUCAUGUGGAAGAGUCACCUUUUUAAUUCAAGGUGGCAGUCAAUCCCAGGACUCUUUAACUGUUGAACUUUGGCAGAAGAGCCAUCUAGAAUGGGCACCAUUUUUCUGCAGGUUUCUUAAGUUCUGGGUAAAAUUCAGAUAUGAUGGAUGAGCUGUAAAACCCCUGUGGGAAAUUGAAGGAUGAACGUUGAGGGACAAUGUCCAUAUACUGGAGUGUGAAGAAUAGUGAAUUGGGACUGGGGAACUACUGGUAUCUGUGGACCUCAACCCCAGUAGGCAUCUUUCCAUUUUCAUCCAACACUUGAAGAGGAAAAAAAAACACUGAUGCACACUUCACUAGAGACUUGAUUGAAAGUGUACUUUGUAAACUUAUGCAAGCAGUCUCCAUUACUACUCAAUAAAGAGAUGUUUUUAUUCUG